CUCCAGCACACACAGGGCUCUGCUGCAGCAGCUCCAGCCCGGGACAACCGUGAGCAGCUCCUGCACCACACCGGGAUGGACCCCCAGAGAGGGCAAGAGCCCAUCAACGUGGUCGGGGCCAUGCUGGGCAUCGGGCUGGCCUUGCUGAUCCUGGUGGUUUUUGGCUACACCUUCAUCCGGUGGUACCAGAGGGGCUGGUGCUGGCACCGGCCUGACUUUGUCUUCAACCUCUACCACAUGCAUGGGCUGGGGUCAGUGGCAGUGGAGCUGGUGCCCCCAUUCAGCAUCAGUGGCUCUCUGAGCACCACGGGCAGUGGCUACGAGCCCUUCCACACCCGGGGGCCGUGAGGAGGGAGCUGGGCUGCUGAGCAGCUUCACAGAAUAGCUGGGUUUGGAAGGGACCUCUGGGGACCACCUGGUCCAAACUGCCACUGGAAAAAGUGACACAGGAAUGCAUCCAGGAGGAUUUUGAAUGUCACCAGAGAGGGAGACUCCACACUCUCCCUGGGCAGCUUCUCCAUCUGCUCCCCAGCCACAGCUCUCUUGCUGUCCUUCCCUGGCCAUGGGCAGCACAGGAGGUGCCUGGGGCUGGCACUGGCACAGCCUCCCCUCGCUUGGGAUGGAGGAAGAGGAUGCGGCCUCAUCUCAGGCUCCCUCAGCACUCAUCCCAGAGAAAACAGCCACCCUCCCCACAGCUCAGAGACCUUCCAGCCCUCAGGACCAGCCACCUGCAUGCCCAGGAGACCUGGGGCUGAGAGUGCAGGGCACCAGCUAAGGAGGGCAGCCAGGAGCCCCAGAACUGGGUGGCUGGGUUUGUGCAACUGUGGAAAAUGCUGUGAAGAAAUGGGAAAUCUGCUCCAGGCCCCCUUCUUGCUCCAGUAUCUGGACCAGUGUGGGAGUUUGUCCCCUGCACCAAUAGUGCAAGCAAACACCUCAGAAAGCCCCUGUGAGGUUUGUCCUGAUUUUUUUCAUACUGACCGCCUUCAGUCUCAGCAGAGCAAGUGGCUGUGGAAGUGCCCAGAGCAUGAGAGCAGCCAUGGGGAAGGUGCUGUGGCCACAGAGAGGGACCAUUUCUGUGCAAACUUUCCUCAGAAGGAAAAUGAAGAGAAACUCAUGACUCCCUGUGGCCGUGUGAGGGAAACCAGUGAGGACAGAGCGGGAUUUCCAGGCAGUCAGAGGGACUAUCAGCACUCUCAGCCACCAAAGCCAAGCCCUGUGGUCUGCAGCUUUCUGGCGAACUCCUGGGUUUGGUUGAAAGGAGAGCUCUGGCUGCUCAUGUUGCCCUGGGUGCUGGCAGCUGGAGCCCUUGGUGGUGGGCAGGAACUGCACAGGAUCUGCCCGCGGAGCUUUGACGUCAGCGGCGCUUGAAAGAAAAAC